CGAAGUUGCUCAGAGUCGCCGGUGGGGGCGCUAUACGAUGCAUAAACAUUCUCCUAACGUUUGUCUGGAGAGUGCGUUCACGAGGGCUGUUAGCCGAGUUAGCUAAACUAACACCAACUUAAAGCCAAGUUGAAAUAAGACAUCAGCAACAAUGAAAAGUGGAUCACAACAAGAAAAACUGCAAAACGUUUCUGCCACACUGCUGAUGUAAGAUGGGCUCUUUGUGGGGAGACGCCUCAUCAAUUGGCACAGGGGACUGGUGCAGCUGUCACAGUGUCAGAGUCAUAAACUUAAGAGUAUGAAGGAAGGAGACAGUAAUGUACAUGUUGAUAGUGAUUCAGACACAGUAGAGAAGAACGGUACCAAGUGUAAAGUCAAGUGGAGCAAAGAAGAGGAUGAAAAUCUCAAAAUUCUGAUCCGUAACUUUGGGAAAAAAGAUUGGAAAACCAUUGCCAGCUUUUUACCAGGGCGGACUGAAAGCCAGUGCAUGCAAAGAUGGAGAGCGUCCAGUGAUCCUAAAGUAAUCAAGGGCUUGUGGUCUAAGGAGGAAGAUGAAAAGAUAGUUCAGCUGGUGGCGAAGUACGGCACUAAACGUUGGACUUUGAUUGCCAAACACCUCAUCGGGCGUUUGGGGAAACAGUGUCGUGAGCGUUGGCACAACCACCUUGACCCACUUGUGAAAAAGACCUCCUGGACCAUAGAAGAAGACCUCAUCAUUUACAAAGCCCACACCAUUCUGGGAAAUAAGUGGGCUGAGAUCGCCAAGCUACUCCCUGGAAGGACUGACAACUCUAUCAAGAACCACUGGAACGCCACAGUCAGACGUAAAGUAGAUUUGGGCUGUUACAAAGACGCCAUUGACAGCAUUUCCCUGGACAUUCAGCAGUUUGAUGAGGGAGAGCUUGACUUCAAAUGUGACGUUGUCUUGGAUACUGAACCAGUAACUGCUGAAGUGAUCCAGCCCAGCAAAGAGGAGGAGUUAGUGGAGUGUCAGCAGAAAAUGGCAGCUCCACCCCCACAGAUCGUGCCAUCACGUAAAGACCUUUGCUCCCACAGUCCCUCCUUGCCCCCGAGUUCAAGUUCCAGUCCCAGCUCCAGCUCUGGUGCUGCACCAGUUGACCAGAAAAAGUUUGCUGAUGCAGCCCUGAGGAUGAUCGCUGAAGACAUGCUACCUCUCAGUUUUGUGGAAGGCACCGGGUUCAGAUCGUUUGUGACGACCAUCAGCCCUCAUUACACCAAGCUGUCCCACCGUGCCUUGGGCCUGCAGCUCUAUGACGAUGUAGAGAGAACCCUCAAACCCCAGCUCAUCAGGGAGCUAAAAGCAUGCCUUGUGAAAGGUGUAGAUGCAGACAAGUCCAUUCAUGUCACUUUUGACCUUUGGGCAGGUAGAGGAGUCCAGCCAUUGGACGAGCCUAUUGUUGUUGUGCAGCUCCAUUUUAUCAAUGAAAACUGGCAGAUCCGCCGUCCUGUUGUGGCAUUCCGUCACCUCAGCCACAAGAAUCUCAGUGCCGCUGUAGACAAGGAGCUGGAAGCUGUGUUGCUAAGCCUGGGCGUCUUUCCUCGCAGCAUUGGCUAUGUCAUCACCAACCAGGCCAAAGAGGCUUUGGCUGCAAACAACUUGUUCUGCGACUACAAGACCAUGUGCACAGCUUACAAGGGAGAACCUGAUGGAGAUGAAAUCGCAGCAUUUUUGUCAGAUCUGAUGUCUGAAACGGAGUUGCCCUUUUCAGAGCUGCAGAUUGGGACCAGGACCAUCUGUAUGGCAAAAACCCUUCAGCUGGUCAUCCAAGAGGCACUGAAGAACUCUCGGGUUGUGGAGAACCUGCUGUCACAGGUCCACAAGGUAGUGGCUUUCUUCAGGAGCAAUGCCUACUGGAGUGAGGUGUUGAUGAAGGAGGCCGGCUCGUCUUUGUGUCCCUCCUCCAGUAACUGUCGCUGGAACGCCAUGAUGGUGUCUUUGCGUCGUAUGGCCCAGGAGUCAGCCUGGAGUGCCGUCAUGACAGUCCUCGCCCAGGCUCGUAUAGACGCCAACGACACAGCCACUGCUCCGCCUCUGGUUAUGGUUAAAAGGGAGCAAGUGAUUGACAUCCUGGGUCUCCUGGAGCCCUUUGAGGAGGCCUUGCAGGUCCUGCAGGGAAACGGUGUGACCAUGUCUUUCAUUAUCCCCUCCCUCAUUGGUCUUGAUAAGACUUUGGAGAGCCGUAUGACUAACCACGCCCCCUUCAACAAGGCGCUGCGCACAGGCCUCCACACACACUUCCAGUCCAUAAUUCACCAAAAGGACCUCAUUCUGGCCACGGUGCUCGACCCCAGGAUCAAACUGCAGCCAUUUCCUGACACCAAAGAGGAGGAUCGGUUUGGUUUCUUAACAGCACCGUCAAAGUAUCAGGCUCGCUCAGUUGUGGAGGCUGUGCUGGGAAGCAUGGAGACCGUAUCCUGUCCCUCUGUGGAAUCAGACACCAACCAGAAAGAAGAAUUAAAACGGGAACCCAACACAGAAAACGUGUCAGAGGAGUCCGGCGACAGCUCAGAUGAAAACUGUGACAGAGUCAACAGAAACGAGCUCAAGCGCAAGUCCAUCUUCAACUUUCUCCAGCCUCCAGCCAAGACGACGAAGGUGUCAGAGCUCGGCAUGUACCUGUCGGAACCCGUGUGGGAGAAUGAUUCCUGCUUGCAGUACUGGAAAUCCUCUCGCUUCACUCGGCUCCAAAGAAUCGCCAAGAACCUGCUGGCUGUGCCGGCCACUGCUGGUGGCUUUGACCGGCUUGUUCCCAUGGCAGCAUGCAUCGUCAAAGCGAAGAGGAACCGGUUGCCGCCGCACACUAUGGAGCGGCUGCUUCUCUACAAAGACUCUGUCAAGACAAAGAAUGUUAGACGGCCCAGUGCUGCCACCAAACAUUGACAGUCGGCUAGUUACCGUAGGUGCCUUCCACCUCAAGAACAUCUCUGUUUCCUCAAACAUACCAGAUAUUUCAGCCGUCAGUACUUUUACUUUCACAGCUAAUGGAAAUGGUCCUACUUUGUUGUUUGGGUUAUUUACCUUCAUGUCAGCCCCAUUAAUAGCAGUUUUACAAAAAAAAGCGAUGACACAAACUUGAUUUGUCUCAUGUCAACUAGUCUGUAUGGACUAGUUAAGUAGAAAUAAAUCCAAAGUCCACAAUAGAUAACUGGUAACAUGAAGUUUCAAAAUAACCUAUUUGCUACUUGAUGUUCACACAUGUUUAGAAGAAAAUGUCUAAAUAUAAUUUAGGAAUAUAACACAAAGUUCAUUCUAUAAUAACAUAAAAUGAGAUUUCCGUUUGAUUGGUGGCUGACAUUGUAGCAAAUAAACA